AUGACGCUGUCUGAAAGGGAGAACGCGGCGGUUCUCUUGCAGAACACCACCGCGAACCCGUUCACCUACCUCUCCUACCCCUUCUCCUUCAGAUGCUUCUACUGUCCCGAGAGGAGUACCGAGCUAGGAAAAAUUCUAGCGCACACGAAAGCCCAUGUCGUGCCCGAGCUGAGUGUUCUGAUGACGCAACACCUGAGGAAGGGCAAGAAAACCAUCAAGGCUGAUAUAUCCGAGCUGCUGUGCAGAAUCUGCGACGCGCCUCUUUCCAGUCUGGACGAAGCACGAGGGCAUCUGAGCUCAAAUCACGGCGAGCGCUUCACGGAAGCCGGCAACGGAAUAAUCGCCUUCGGCUUGAAGACCACAAACGGGGAGUACAGCUGCCGCGAGUGCUCGGAGACCUUCCACGGCUUCUUUCAGCUGAACAAGCACAUAAACGUGCACUACAGCGCCGCCGUCUGCGACACGUGCGGCAAGGCGUUCGCGACGCACGCUCGCCUGCUGCAGCACAUGGAGACCCACUUGACGGGGCGAUACCCGUGCGAGCAAUGCGGCCGCACGUUCACCAGCCCGCCCAAACUCCGAUACCACGCGAGCAAGGCACACGGCGGCCAAGCAAAGGUAAAACCCUCAAAGUGCCCGGUCUGCGACGCCAGAUUCGAGCACCACUACGAGAAGAUGAAGCACUUGAGGGAGAUGCACGGGAUCGCGCAUAACCACCCGUGCAAAGCCUGCGGCGCGGUGUUCACAACACGCAAGUCGUUGUACUUCCACACGAGGAAGCAGCACACAUCGGCUCUGACCUGCGAGGUGUGCGACAGACCUUUCGCUGAGCGCAAUCACCUGAAAAAGCACAUGGCGGUGCACACGCACGCUCGCGACCACCCCUGCCCGCUGUGCUCCAAGGCGUAUAGAUACGAGAAGAAUCUGAAGGAGCACAUGCGGGUCCACAACCCCGAUUGGAGGUUCGCCUGCCCCCGUUGCUGGGUCGGCUUCCGCGGCAAGAUCGAGUACAGGAAGCACAUGGUGACACACGAA